UGUUGCUCUCUUUAGGUAAAAUGGGAGUACUAUGAUCAGCAGUAACUCAGUAAGAAAAGAGGAGUGACCUCAUAGUUUUGUUUCAAGCAGGAUGUUUGGUGUCCAGAUGUUUCCAGUUGUAACCCAUGUCUAAGAUGAGUGAUUUAAAUGCCUGUAUGCAGAACUUGUUUCUUUCUGGUGUAAAUACAGCGUUUGUGAAGUCUGUGUGAGUGUGUGGGACAAUGCCGGCGCUUGAGAAAAGCUUGGUGGCGCGACGCUGCCUCACCUUUGCUACAGGUCUGGUGGAGUGUCUGUGUUUUGCCGGAGCUGUGUUCGGAUGGGCCUCCCUUGUCUUUGUACUCAAGGAGGAGGGAUACUUCAGCUCUCUGUGCGUCAACGCCACGGGAGUCAACUCAACGCAGGUUUUAGAUUGCAGCAGACAAGAUGAACAGUUCUCACUUAUCUUCACCAUCGCCUCCUUUAUGAAUAACUUCCUGACGCUGCCCAACGGUUUCCUCUUUGACCGGUUUGGAACUACAGUGGCUCGACUCUUUGGAAUAUGCCUUUACACCAUAGGUACCUUGAUGGUGGCCUUCUCAACUUCAGUUCUGCCCAACCUGCUCUUCCCAGCGCUUUCCCUCCUGGCUGUGGGCGGCAUCUUAUUUCUGAUGACCAACAUGCAGGUAGGAAACCUGUUUGGCUCACAUCGCUCUACCAUCAUCACUCUUUAUAACGGGGCCUUUGACUCCUCCUCAGCACUCUUCCUGGUUAUCAAGCUGCUACAUGAGUCUGGCAUCUCUCUUCGUGCCUCCUUCCUCUUUCUGUCCGCAUGCAGUGGCAUUCACCUGCUCAGGACUUUCUUCCUGCUGCCCAGGAAGUUCAUUCCCUACCCGCUGCCUGAUCGCUACACAUACGGGAUAACCUGCAGCAAAUCAGAGACUCUGAGCUCAGAGGUGGCAGCAAAUGGAAACUCACAGAUGACAGAGGAAACGCCGCUCAACAAGAACGUCCCUGUGAAACAAGAGAAGAGUUUCCGUGAGUGUUUGCUGUCUAGGUUCUUUAUGUGGCACCUUCUGUGGCUGUCGGUGAUGCAACUCAGACAUUAUCUGUUUAUCGGCACCCUCAACCCCAUGCUGCAGAGGCUGACAGCGGGAGAGUCUUCAUUGGUGAGCCAGUACACCAAUGCCUUUGCUAUCACCCAGCUGUGUGGUGUGCUGUGUGCUCCCUGGAACGGCCUCAUCAUGGACAGACACAAAGGAAAACCUCGUCCUGCAGGAGAGACUGAACAGGAGUCGGACUUGCGGGCCUCGGUGCUUUCUCUCUUCCUGACAGCGCUGCAGUGUGUGCUGUUUUCUGUUUGUGCGUCCACCCCUUACCUGCCGCUUCAGUACCUCACCUUCAUCCUGCAGGUGCUCAACCGCUCCUUCCUCUACGGCGGCAACGCAGCCUUCAUCAGCGUGGCUUUCCCGUCAUGCCACUUUGGGAAGCUGUACGGUCUCGUCAUGGCUCUGUCUGCAGUGUUUUCUUUGCUGCAGUACCCCUGCUUUGCUCUGGUGAAAGGAGCUCUGGAUGGAGAUCCUUUAUAUGUGAACGUCGGUCUGACGGUGCUCAGCCUGUUGGCCUUCAUCCAUCCCCUCUCUGUCUACCUGCACUGUCGAAGAGUCUCCUCCCAGCGAGCUACGAGCAAAGCCAUCAGUGCCUCAUCUUAAAGUCUGUAAAGUGACACCAAAGACUCACUCUUAAGAGACUGACCACCAGUGAUGCUGUUACCUCUUCAGUUUGUUUUAUUAAUGCUUCCCACAUGGCUGUGCUGUGAUGCCGUUUCUACAGUCAAGAUGGUACGCUUUUUUUUUUUUUUUGCUUUCCAGGCUUUGUGUUUCAACACACUCAGUUGGACAUAAAACAGAGGACACUACAUUAAAGUGCAAAGGCUUGCAUCGAUAGAGAAACUGCAAAGUUUAGGAGAUAAAAAACAAUUUUAUAGUCACACUAAACUGGUCAUAUUUUAAAAUGUUGUAGAAAAUGCUUUGUAGCCAAACACUGCCUGAUGUCUUGAACACAGACAUCAACAGGUAUCUUCCCUGACGAUGCUCUCCGAAGCCUUCAGCAGGAUUACUGCAGCUCAGUCUGAUAUAAAUCAGGUGAAUCAUCAGUCAGUUGAGGAUGUUCCACCUCCUCACCCACAAAAACCUUUUUUGGCUGCAUGCAGCUGAAUCUGAGCACACAGGAUGCGCUUGUGAAUCUUUGCGUUCAUCCUGUUGCUUCCCUCGGCAGUGAAAUCAUCGAUACCUGUGCCAAUUCUACUUCCAUAACAGAAUGACUCCUGUGUUUAAAGAUGGGGUGGUAAUGCUUUGCGUCAUUAGCUGUUCUUUUUUUCCCUCCUCACCAUGCUCUUUACAUCAUUUUGAUAGUAAUUUAUUUUUGUUUUCUGCGAAUGGCAACCCGGUCCUUCUGUUUGUGAGGCUUACUGGGAGUCUGCUUCUCAAUCUUCCAGACCUUUGACAUCUUUAUAGUAGAUUUUUAGUUGUUUUAGCUUCCCUUGCAUGGUCACCUUUUUACUCUUUGUAGUAUAUAAUCAAUCUAAACGGUAACUGUGAGUCAGCUAUAAGGCAUUUGCGCAUGAACUAACACUGAAACCACACAUAGACACCCAUAAACAUUUCGUAAUGUUGUGGCGUCCAUUUGCUUUUACGCCAUUGCAGUUCAGGCACACUCUCACAGGUCUUUCAGUACCCACAUAGUUCUACUCAUCUGAACUCAAAGGAGAGCUGAGACUUGGCACUUGUAUGUAUUUUCCACUGUUUUAUUCUAAGUUUGAUUUGCUGAAGGACAGAGCCUGAAGAACAAAAAAGUGGACAUGUCCACAUACUUACAGUCUGGGUUGUUUAGGAAUGGCUCUAAGUGCAUGUAAAUGCAUUUCAGAUUGUAAUGCAGCAUAAAGUGUGAUUUCAGGUACAGUCUAAUUGUUUGAGCAUGUUAUUGUUUAAGACAUUCUGGGAUGCAGCUGACUGCCCACAUGUCCUCUUUACCUCUUGUAUGUUUCCAGGAUAUACAAUUUUAUUCAAUCUGCAUUACUGUCUCCACUAAAUUCUUUUAUUCUUUCGCACAAUAUUUUGGAGUUUUAGCUGAUGUUGCGCUGCUCCUUGAAGCAUCUCAGUGUUUUAAAGUCAUGCUAGCUGUGUUAAUUUUGGGUUUUGUUGUUGCUUGUUUUAUACAGUCUUACUAUUCAACAUGUCUUUAGCAUUUUUGUAAAUAAUUUAUGUGAUACUAGGAACCUAAAAAAUUUUACAAAUGUAAAAAUCUUACAUAUCGAGUUUAUAUCAGAGCGGACCUCUUCAGGUUAUCUCUGUAUGCUGCAUAUUUUAAUUAUAAAAAGAGAAAAGGACCAUCUCUGUUAAUCAUAGGGACUGAAUAAGGGACAUUUGGAAUCAGACUAUGAUGUAUAAAGUGUAAAACAAUAACUUAAGCUCAUUGUUGGACAUAAAAACUCUUCAGUGAAGCCCCUCUGUUAGUACAAAGGUCGGCCGUUCAGUAACUCAGUCCUGCCAUCUGCUGGCUUCACAAUGGGCAUCACUGUGACAUACUUUAACCAAUGAUAACAUAAUGAAGUUCUGUUUGCAUUCAGCAUGUGAAGUGUCAGGUGCUCAGUGUGUUUUGGGAUUUUUUUUAAUGCACUGUGUCAUAACUAAUGUUGACAUGUAAAUGAUUAUGAAGGGAUUCUUGUUUUGUUUUUUUAUUACCAGUAAGUUUACGUGUCCAGUUGACAUUAUUUUUUGAAGUGCCAAGACUUUGUGGUGGCUGAUAGAAAUGGUGUUCUACAUAUCUUCAUAUAAUACCAAAUCUACAUGUAAAAUACAAACGUCACUGUGCUGCACCAAACAAAAUCUAUAUUUUGAUAAUAACUUUUGUAGUGUAAUAAAUGGCACUGAUAUCCUCAAAAGGCCUGUUACAUAAACAAUGAAUGUGAUGUUAAACAGUUGUGCACUCACAGUCAGCUGCCAAUCGCAGGUGGUGUAGAAAGUGAAACUGUAAUCUGUUAAGCAGAGAAAACUUUAAACGAAACAUUUCCAGUAAAUGUAUGAUUACAAUACAAACAUACAAUUUGACUGUAAUACGUGCUGAAAUGAUAAUUAAAUGUUAAUCCCAGAAUACCAACA